CCCCAACAAGAUUUUCCCCACUUCAACAGAAACAGAACCUAUGGAGCUCAGACACCCUAGCGGCAAGGAUGAGAGCCUGUUCAUGUGCUCUGAACUCUACAUCGCAGCGUUCAAGGGGCGCACGCAGGAGGUCGCUGGCCUCCUAACGGGAAGAAACAGCAGCGGCACAACGGCGGCAGCUCGGAACGGCGGGCCUGCCAAGGUGGCCGGUCACGGCGGACGAUGCACGGCCCAUGAGCUCACGGCGGAGCGUAACACGGUCCUCCACAUCGCUGCCGGGCAGGGCCAUGGCGGCCUCGUCGCCGAGCUCUGCUACAGCUACAGCUCCCUCCUCUCCGCCGUGAACAGGGCGCUGGACACGCCGCUGCACAGCGCGGCGAGGGCAGGCCACGCCGACACCGUGGAGACAAUCGUACGGUCGGCCCGAGCCAACGUGGAGGAAGACGCCCUCCAGGGGAUCCUCCGCGGCAAGAACGAGGCCGGGGACACCGCGCUGCACGUCGCCGCGAGGCAUGGUCACCUCGCGGCGGUGGAGAUGCUGGUGAAGCUGGCGCCGGAGCUGGUGGCGGAGACGAACGGUGCUGGAGUGUCGACCCUGUACCUGGCGGUGAUGAGCGGGUCAGUGGACGCCGUCAGGGCGAUCGUCGUCUCGGUCUCGCACGGGGACGCGUCGGCUGCCGGGCCGGACUCGCAGAACGCUCUGCACGCUGCUGUUCUCCAAAGUUCAGAAAUGGUUGCUCUGCUCUUGCAACUGAGGCCAGCACUCGCCGGAACCGUCGACGCAAACAAGAGCAGCCCUCUGCACUUCGCCGCAUCUGACGGGGACUGCUUGAUCAUCGAAGCGCUCCUAGUGCAUUCACCAUCAAGCACUGUAUAUCUACAGGAUAAUGAUGGCAUCUCAGCUCUGCACGCCGCGGCACUGAUGGGCCAUGUCGCUGCUCUCCAGUUAUUCCUACGAUUGUACCCUGCUUGUGCAGACAUUCGUGAUGACCGCGGUAGAAGCUUCCUGCACAGUGCAGCCAUGAAGGGCCGCUCCUCCAUCGUGUCUUAUGUUAUAAAGAAUAAGAUGCUGGAGCAUCUUAUGAACUCGCAGGACAGGGAAGGAAAUACACCGCUCCAUUUGGCUGUGAUGGCUGGGGAACACAAAGUUAUAUCCAAGCUGUUAGCAUGUAAGAAGGUGCAUUCCCAUGUUAUGAACAAUGAUGGCCGGACUCCAGCUGAUCUCAUAGAGGAUUCUACAGGGUUCUACUCAAUGGUAAGGCUAGUGGUGAAUUUCUAUGUUAAAGGAGCACCAUUCAGACCAGAGAGGCAAGACCAUAUAGAGAAAUGGAAGGGACAGAAUAUCAUGAAAUGGCGAGAGACGACAUCAAAAAAUCUCGCGAUUGUCUCCACUCUCGUGGCGACGGUUGCCUUCUCGGCAGCGUUCAACGUGCCUGGAUCAUAUGGGUCUGAUGGAAAGGCAAAUCUCGGUGGGGAUCGUUUGUACAAUGCCUUCCUAGCCCUGGACACCAUUGCCGUGACCACUUCCGUGGUUGCAACAAUACUGUUGAUCUAUGGGAGAGCUUCACGGUCACACCGCUCAUGGAUUGGCUUCAUGAUCUCAAUGCACUUUCUUUGGCUGGCACUGAACAGCAUGAUGCUAGGUUUCUUCAUGGCUAUAGCCGCUGUGAUGAGCGAUAAGAAUCCCAUGAAGAUCGCAUUGUCUCAGCUGAUGUACCUUGGGUUAUACAUCAUGAUGACUCUGCUUGCAUGCCUUGCAACGCCUGGAUCACUUGGAGGUGUUGUGCAGUUUUUGGUUGGCAGUAGGUCAGAACCACGACAGCGUUCCAAGAGACGCAUAAGCCGGCAAUUUCCCUUUGUCAUGUUUUAUGCCUUCAACGUUGUUGCAUUCAUCAUUGUAAAUACUAUAGUACUUGUAUCUGUUAAUGUCAGUGGCCGCUUGCCACGGUAG